GCUUGCUCAUGUGGCCUCUGUGGAUUCGUGCCAGGCUGGCAGCGCGCCCGCGAGAGCCAUCCCCUACAGGGCAGUGGCCUCUGCUGGCCUGACUCACCACUGAACCCAAGGGGUCUAGAGAUGUGCCUGGCACACAGUGGGAGCUCAGCUGGAUUGGAUUCUGAAACAAAGGAUGCCAGGAAUCGUACCUGCUGUUAUUGAGUGCCUACUGUGUGCUGGGUCCUGCAUCAAGUGUUUCACAUGCAUGCCCAUGUGCCCUUUCACCCCUACAGUGUAGGCAGCCAGUAUCUUGCCUUUUUUCCUGAGGCUGAGAGGGGGCAGGGCUGGAAACGAGGGGACCAGCAGGGGCCGGGGCUGGGAAGUGGAGUGGGUGGUGACCUCUACGUGGCAGCUAGUGAUGGGGCAGUUGUCAGAGUCCAGACCUAUGAAAUGAAGUUGUCGCGUGUGGGAUCUAGAAGCGGGAAGAGGGCGGGACCAGGAGAGAGGAGGGCUCUAAUGCCGGGCCAUAUGGACAGCUGUGCAGGCCCUGACCAGGGCACUCAGGAACUGGCUGGAGAGGCUGGCCAGGGUGGGAGCUGUAGUCGCCUGGCACAGAGGUCCAGCCUGGCAGUGGGGGAAACUGAAGCAGGAGUGUGGCUCUGGAGACUGAUGGUCGGGACUGGACCUACCUGGGCCAGGGUCCUGCCCUCCAACUAGGUCUACUAUCCGGUUGCUGGGGUCUGCGUAGGGGGUCUGACCUGGGGACCUAGGGUUGACCCUUGGGGGCUUCAGGCCUGCCAUCUAACCACCACUGUGAGCCUACCAGGCCCUCUGGCCAGGAGAACAUGAGUAAGCAGGAGAGGGAGGCAGAGGAGGAUGAGGGAGGGGGUGCUUCAGACACGACACCCAUGCUGCCCCAAAGGCUUCCUGACCACCAGGCCUCAGCCCUGAUGUGCCCAAGGUGGGCAGGCCUGGCCAUCUGCAGCCUCAGGCCCCUGCUGCUGUGUGGCCGGGUGCUGGCCGGGCUGCUGUUCCACCUGCUGCUGCCCACGACCGUGUUCUUGCUGGUGCUGCUCCCGGCAGUGGCUGUCGUCUACCUGGGAUUCCUGUGCCACUCAAGGGUCCACCCGGCACCCCGCCCCGCGUGCCGCGCGCUGCUCUCGGACCGCGGCUCGGCGGCGCUCAUCGUGCUGGGCUUCCUCUCGCUGCCUCCGCUGCUCGUGCUCGCCUCGGCCGUCCGCGCCCGCCUGGCCCGGCGCCUCCGCCUGCUGCUGCCGCCCCCUCCUUGGAGCCCCGGACCCAGCCACCACCCAGGGUCCGGCAACGGGGGGCGGGCAGGACGCCCCACCGACGGGGAGGAGCAGCUCUGCGCCUGGAUGUGACCCCUAGAGGCCUCUCCAAAGGACCCCGAGACCUCUGGAUCCUGGGAGGCCCUAGCUCCCCUGUGACCCCCAUAAGAUGA